AUGGACAGGCAGACAGACAAGGCCAGAGUUCCCACUAUGGUCAGGCAGACAGGCAAGGCCAGAGUUCUCACUAUGACAGACAGACAAGGCCAGAGUUAUCAUUAUGGUCAGGCAGACAGACAAGGCCAGAGUUCCCACUAUGGUCAGGCAGACAGACAAGGCCAGAGUUCCCACUAUGGUCAGGCAGACAGACAAGGCCAGAGUUCCCACUAUGGUCAGGCAGACAGACAAGGCCAGAGUUCCCACUAUGGUCAGGCAGACAGACAAGGCCAGAGUUCCCACUAUGGUCAGGCAGACAGACAAGGCCAGAGUUCCCACUAUGGUCAGGCAGACAGACAAGGCCAGAGUUCCCACUAUGGUCAGGCAGACAGGCAAGGCCAGAGUUCUCACUAUGGUCAGGCAGACAGACAAGGCCAGAGUUCCCACUAUGGUCAGGCAGACAGGCAAGGCCAGAGUUCUCACUAUGGUCAGGCAGACAGACAAGGCCAGAGUUCCCACUAUGGUCAGGCAGACAGGCAAGGCCAGAGUUCUCACUAUGGUCAGGCAGACAGACAAGGCCAGAGUUCCCACUAUGGUCAGGCAGACAGGCAAGGCCAGAGUUCUCACUAUGGUCAGGCAGACAGACAAGGCCAGAGUUCCCACUAUGGUCAGGCAGACAGGCAAGGCCAGAGUUCUCACUAUGGUCAGGCAGACAGACAAGGCCAGAGUUCCCACUAUGGUCAGGCAGACAGGCAAGGCCAGAGUUCUCACUAUGGUCAGGCAGACAGACAAGGCCAGAGUUCCCACUAUGGUCAGGCAGACAGGCAAGGCCAGAGUUCUCACUAUGGUCAGGCAGACAGACAAGGCCAGAGUUCCCACUAUGGUCAGGCAGACAGACAAGGCCAGAGUUCCCACUAUGGUCAGGCAGACAGACAAGGCCAGAGUUCCCACUAUGGUCAGUCAGACAGACAAGGCCAGAGUUCCCACUAUGGUCAGGCAGACAGGCAAGGCCAGAGUUCUCAAUGCAGUCAGUCAGAACCUGGGGAAACAGGGCAAAAUAGGUGCUUCCAAGGGAAUGAGCGAACAAGCAGAGGCUCAUAUGUUGAGCAAUCAGGAAGUUCAGGGAGACCCAGUCAACAGACUCAAGGACAAAAAGUGAACCAAAAUCAGGGACAGAGAUUUCAGUCUAGGCUAGAGCAGCAGAACAGUCACCAGGCAUGGGAGCCUGAGGAGGAUUGCCAACACCACCAACACAAACUCGUAGCACAAAUUCAGCAAGAAAGGCCACACUCUCACAAAGGGAGUGAUAGGCAGGGUCACAGAGAGGCCCAGACCAAGGAGAGUCAUGGUGAGAGACAGAGCCACCAGGUAGAGGAAGAGAAGGGUCACCAAAUCAGGGGUAGACAUGGUCAUGAGGGUCAGGAAACUCCAUGUGAGACACGGGACAGGCAAACCCACGAAGAGGAACAAAGCCAUCAGACACGGGGCAGGAAAACCCAUGAAGAUGUGCAGAACCGCCAGAGACAAGACAGGCAACCUCAUGAAGAAGAUCAAAACUGUCAGCAAACCCAUGAGAAGAAAGAGAAAUAUCAAGGGUCCCAGGAUCGACAAUCCCAUGGAACCCAGCGAGGCAGUGCUAACAGAGAAAAAUUCCACAUGAAUGAGGAUGACCAGAGCCAAGGCUCCCAGGGAAGACACAGUGACCUGGCCUUCCAUCCAACCCAGAGCAGGGGGAGGCCCCAAAGAAGAGAAGAGGGUGGAAGUCACCCUACCAAGGCAGCGAUUGCUCCCAACCCCCUCUAUGACUAUCUACAAGAGCAGAAAGAGCAUUGGCACUAGGCCUUAUUGCACAACAGAGCCACUGCCAAAGAAGAAAUCUACAGGUCAAGUUCAUAUUUACUUCUGUUUAAGACAUUGAAAAUGUAUGUCUUCCUUCUCUCCUCUACUUUCUAUCUACUUGCAAGGAUGCUUUUGAGGAUUAGCAUUUACUUUUAGGGCAUGUCAGUUCUUUGAGCAGCAAAUCCAGGGUGUUCUGGCGGGGUGAAAUCUGAGUGGUAAAUUGGGUGAAAUAAUCAGAUCCCAAUUUUUAUUAGCUUGGGGAUUUAAAUCAUUUCCUGGUUUGCCCUCCAUGUACAUAGGGCAUGGUUGGGUCACUGAAAGGUCGAAACUUCUCCCAAAAUUCAGAAACAGGAAAGGUAUUCAGAAGAUACCCAUCACAAACUGAGAAGAGGCUAUCUGGGCUUCAGUGAGCUUUGGCUCCUGUGGAUGAAACAUCAGGAAUUUCAAGCCUCAUAGUCUACACUUAAAUGAAACACAGUGAGAGGCUGCUAGGAGAGUCAGAGACCACAGAGGACAUCUCUGAUUCACAACACCUCCAGCGCCCAGGCUCCUAAUCUACAUCAGAGGGACUGUCCUGGCUCAUAGCACUAAAGCUGACUAGACUGGUUUUAGCUCAAUGUCUUUCUAGUUUCUGAUCAUAUUAAAUAGAGAGGAAGCAAAUGUCAUCUGUUUUCAGAUCCUAACGAACCAAAAUUGUUGACCCAAAGAUACUGGGGCCUGAAAACCCUUCAGAAGAAAAUCUAUGGAAUUGUAUUUAAAUGCCCAAUAAAUAAUUGGUGAGCAAUGA